CAGUAAUGAUAUUGUGAAUCUCAACUAUAAGAAAAGUAAGCGAACUCAUGGUGUAUCAUAGGAAGCUAAGUCGCCAUGUCAGGGUCAGGGCCGGGCCGGGUGAAGGUGCGCACUGGCAGGCCGUCAUCACAGCCAAGCAAACCGGUGUUUGAGAUCUCCCAACUCACCAAGGAGCAGCGGAUGGUGUACAACGAACUGACUGCUGAGCUGGAAAAGCUACGCAAAGAUGUGGAUCAGAAGCUUGAGAAAGUGCCACACACGAUACAUAAAGCUAAAAAGGGGUCUGGCAGGAAAGAACUGGCAGCUGGCAUUGCCAAAUUAUUCACAGAAUCGGACAGUUCGGAUUCGAAAUUGCCGGAUGUGGGCGAAUUUCCAGAUGCGAAGCCGCUGCCGAAGGCAAGCUCAUGGACAGCUCUGUUGGCGAAACUCAAGUCAGAUGCUGUGGACUCUCCGCCCGCCGCGCUCCCAGCGGCCGUCUGUCAGAGGAGAAACUCCAUCGAUGAAAACCACGCGGUCGUUCUGGUGCCUGAGGACAUGCCUAUAUUCGGACAUUACCCUCUGACCGACACCCUGAUCACAGCCACAUGUAACCAUUGCGAUGCUACGGUGAAGGAAUCGGCCUUCGUGCAGCACAUGGCGCAAUCUCACUGGGAGAGUUUGACUCCCAAGCAAAUGGCCGAGCUGCCCGCCUAUGCUCCACCGAAACCAGUGCAGAAGAACCCAUCUCUUAAGAUUAUAAUGAAGAGGGAGCCGGGCGUUACAGUUCCGAAAGUGACCGCUGUAUUAGAUGCUAACCCAGACAGUUACGCGACCGACGAUGGGAGCGCGAAAUCGAAUAGUGGAAGCGAUACACCCUCUCGGCUUAGAUCAGACAGGGAUCGCAAUACACCAACUAACUCGACAAGCAAAAAUCGGUCCCGGAACUCGAGUCCAGGUGCCAGUGGCCGUGCAAAGUCACAGAGUUCCGCUUUACCACCUUCAAGUUUAAGCGUGCUUACAGGUAAAAGUUCUUUCAUUAAGAAUGCUACCUCGCUUGUGGGUGAGCAAUCGAGUACGUCCAGUGCAACCAAAGGUACAAAUGGCGUAUCCGUUCCGGGCUCGGUGGGAAGUUCAAGCGCUGGCGAGGGUGUUCAGAUAACCACGUCAGCCACGGAUAUGCCAGCGAUAAACGGUAAGAGUACUGUACAAGGUAGUCGCAAAUCAACUGGUGUUAGCGUCAGUAAACCCACGGAUACCAUGGUCGCGAAGAUAGGCAGCCUGGACACCACAUCAAAGGCCGGGUUGCAAGAUGCAGCUGUAUCGAAGAAUACUGGCGGGUUAACGAGCGACGGUGCCGCUACUACCACCGUGGUCGCAGAACAUGGUAGAAAUUCAUUGCAGGCGACUAGUGCUGUGGCUUCGAGAGAGCAAUCCAGGGGACCCUCCCCGGUGCCUACUGUCGUCUUGACAGACAGUAACAACCAUUCCACCACUACGAGUUUAACUACCCCCGCAGGAACCGCUGCAGCAGGCAAUCCAGGCCCAGCGAACAAAAUGACCACACAACCGGUCAAGAGCGACGACACGUAUACAAGCCCGUACCCACAUCCCCAGGCACCGGGCCAGCCCAAGUCCAUUGCAACCGGCAAGAGUGCGACACCAGCGACAGCUAACACAAGCACCGGUAAACCGCUGGGCACACCGACGGCUGGUAGUCUAACCAAAAGCGAUAGCAACGAUAAAUUGAAGGCCAAAAAUGUGAAAUCGCGGGCCAAAGUGGGGGCCAACGGUACGAAAGUUGGAGCUGCCGGCACAAGUAAACUUAGUAAGAAGGAGAGACUAGCGAAGGCUGCAGCUGCGAAGGGAACCGAUAAUGCCAAACAGGUUACGGCAAAAGACUCUGGAACAGAGCCAGGGGGCACAAAUCGGAAAUCCAGCGCAGGCGAAACGAAUAAAAGUAAAGAUGCGUCGGACAAACAAACAGUCAGCCAACCGAAGGAGCCAUCGCUACUCACGGCCAACCCCAGACCCAUGGCUGUCAAAGACUACGGCGCGCGAUACCUGACGCCAAGCAUCAAGACCUUCAGUCGGCGAUGGGACUACUCACGGCUGAUCACAGGCUCAUAUGUGUUACAAGAGUACUACGCAGCAGAGGCCACGAACCACAAGCGAGCGCUUCUCGUGCUUCAGCAGCAGCAGCUCUUGCAACAAACAGCACAACAGGUGUCACAGACACAGGCGACGGCUACGAAGACGUUACCCUCCGCACUCCCGUCCUCUCUGCCAUCAGCAGCUGCACUAGCGGCUGCAGCCUUCGACAAGUCAUCGCCAAUGGUAUCGCGGUCUACCACUCCUGUCCCGUCCACCAAUAUGCCGACCAUCAUCGGUGUGUACAUCUGA